UGCCGUAGGUGAAUGCACCAGCUCCAGGUAUACAGUCAACUGUUUCGGUCAAAGUUCAGUCUGUCUAGUGCCGACUGCUUCAUAUCGGCUGUGAACUCAAAUAAACUCACAUUUUUCCACAAUGACAGCGCGGAAUAUAUCUCGGUUUUGGGAGUGGGGGAGAAAGAUAAUUUGCGUUGGGAGAAACUACGCAGACCACGCUAAAGAGCUGAAAAAUGCCAUUCCCACUGAGCCUGUCUUGUUCCUUAAACCCCCUUCUGCAUAUGUAAGAGAGGGAUCACCUAUCCUGGUGCCUUUUUACACCAGCAACCUGCACCAUGAAGUGGAGCUGGGGGUGGUCAUUGGGAAAGGAGGAACAGCCAUCCCACAGUCCGCUGCUAUGGAGCAUGUGGCGGGUUAUGCUUUGUGCUUGGACAUGACAGCCCGAGACAUUCAGGACGAGUGCAAGUCCAAAGGUUUACCCUGGACACUGGCCAAGGCUUUUAACACCUCCUGCCCAGUCAGCGAAUUCAUCCCCAAAGAGCGCAUCCCAGACCCGGGGAAUGUCCAGCUGUGGCUGAAGGUGAACGACCAGCUGCGUCAGAACGGCUCCACCUCUCAGAUGAUUUUCUCCAUUCCCUAUCUGAUCAGCUACAUUAGCGACUUCAUCAGCCUAGAAGAAGGGGACCUCAUUCUGACCGGGACCCCUAAAGGAGUCUCCGCCGUGCAGGACCACGAUGAGCUGCAGGCCGGCAUUGAGGACGUUGUUACCAUGAGCUUCAAAGUAGACAAACAAGAUCAUUAAAGAAAGCAACAGACUUAUCAACCAACUGAAUACUAAGACUCGGGGAAAGUCAGUAGAUGGCAGUGCGGUGCCACCAGUCAUAAUGACUUGUUGCAAGCUUGUACAGUUCUUGAGAAGUUUAAACCUCGCAGUUAUGAGUUGUUUUAUUAUAAAAAUUUACUCAAAACUUGGUCUAUGAAAAGAAUUUAUGAAACUAUUACAGUUUUGAUAAGCAAUGGGAUUAAAAGAUUAGAUAACCUUG